UUUAAAUCUCUCUUUUUUUGCAUCACUUUCUUCAUCAGCUGAUUUCUGAUUAGUGAGGUUAUGUGCAUAGGUGUCGUCUGCCUUUUAAUGCGCUUUUCGAAAUUUCUGGAUACUAAGAACUACAACGCGUCUUUAUUUACGUUAAACUCCAGGAGGUCUGGAUGAAGAUUUUAAAGAAAAAUUAAGAUCAAAAAAAUUGCUAGUGACAAUGAAUUAAAAGAAAAAAAAAUUUUGUUUGCCUGUACGCUAAUUACAUUGUUAGCAAGUAUGGCAAUGCGUCAAAUUCUUAGAAAAUUAUGGAAAAAUAUUAGUCCUGCGAUGUACACAUCAGGUAUGUUAUUUGCACAUUGCACUUCGUUCGACAAACCUAGCGAAAAUGACAAGUUAAAACUGGAACCACUGGAUAUAAAAAAACUAACCCACGAGUAUAUGAUAAAACAAUCUGCAUUAGACGCUGCUAACAGUGCAACCCAAGCGUUAACCAUCACUUACAUGGCUAUAAUAGAUCUGAGCGUUGCAUACAGAACAUUGUUGAAUAAGCUUAUUUCUCUCCUCGAAGAAACUGUGAUGCACAACGUAAGUGACGCACAUUGGGAUCUGAUCGUGGAAGUGCGGAACGAGAUGCAAGACAAGAAGGAAAAGAUUACGCGCUUAAUCACCUAUAUGGAUUACGUGCACAAAAUGGCAGUAGCUAGCGCAGAACUAAGUUACAUGUGUGAAAUGGACAGUUUAUCCAAUACACUUCAACAGAGAAUAGAGGAUGCAUUAAACAGAGUAAAAAUGGAAACAGACAGCAAUACAGAGCUGGAACGAGCAUACUAUUGUGUACAGGAGCAAUGUAUCAAAGGCAGUAAGGAAACAACCGAAAAACAAUAAACUUUUAUAGAGAACUAUGCAACAUUCUUAAAGAAUAUUUUAUUUUUCUAUUCAAAAAAAUUAAAAAAAAUUAUAUAUAAUUCUAUAAUAAUAAACAAUUUUUCUCAUCCCCUAA